CGCCUUUGGCAGCCGCAGCGCCUUGACGCGACGCGACGCGACGCGACGUGGUGGUUGCCUUUAAAGGACGCGCCUUCCUUGCUCUUUCACCUCCAUCAACUCCUCCGCUGCCACCAGCUCGUUCAUUACACCUCUUCUCCACCACCACUAUACGAACACUCGAAGCCGCCAUGGCUCGAAAGUCCACCCGAGGCGCUGCCAAUGCCGCCAAAGGCAAAGCGACAGCUCAAAGCGACCCGCCAGUUCCGAAAACAGGACGUCGUUCGACUCGUAGCCACGAUGUGGUUUUUUCGUUCCUCAAGCUGCCCGUCGAAGUUCGCAUCCAGAUCUACGAGUACGCUCUACCAGAGAAGAUGACGUGCAGAGAAGUCAACAAAUGCGAGCGUAACUCUGACGAGCCUUGCUUCUUUGAGUCCAGUGACGCACUCCAUCCUGGGGACGGAUGCCGUGGUUACACCGCCUUGCUUUGUACCUGCAAAGAGAUUUACGAGGAAGCCGUAGACAUACUCUACAGUUCCACCCGCUCUCACACCAACAAAUUUCGGGCGGGGCAGGUGUUGAUCAUUACUGAUGAUGAGAUUACGAUUCGGAACUACUCGAUGUUCUGCCGUAGACACCUCAUGUACCGGACAGAUGUUUCAGCCUUUUUUUUCCAAGAUGCGCUUCCUCGAAAUCAGUAUUCUCGCUACGGAAUCCACAGAUAUGGACAUGAACUCGGAACUAUACGGCAUGCAGUACUAUGAUCCUUCUGGAUUUAACGAAUACAACAUUGUCAGGGACAACAUUCGAUGGGUUGUUGGGCAUCUCAAGUGCGCCAAAGACCUGAAAGUACUUCAUAUCGAGGUCGAUUGGAAAUACAUCUUCAAGUAUGGGGAUCCUCCUGACCUCUCGAAAGCAGAAUGUCUACUGGAAC